AAGUGUAGUACUGAAGCAGUUGGCUGCUCAUUUUGAGACGCAUUACAAGAUACAAUUACAUCACUGAACAAAGCAAAUAUAUGUUUUAGACCAGUCAACAUAACUGCAUUUUUCAGGAACAUGGAUUCUCUCAAGCUUUGGAUAACAAUCUCAAUAUUUAUUUGCUCUGUCUGUAAUGGGGGUAAAAUUUUGGUGGUGCCUUUGGAGGGAAGUCAUUGGGUGAAUAUGAAUGUCCUCAUCAAGGCUUUGUAUGACCAGGGACACACAGUUGAUGUGAUACGCACCAGCAACAGCUGGUACGUCAAAGAAAACUCCCCUUAUUAUAAUGCUAUAACUGUACCCAACACCGGAGGACUUAAUGAAAAAUUUAUGAAAGAAGCACUCCAUAAAAUGAUUGACUAUGAACGAGGAAAGACCUCUUGGCUCAGUUCAAUAAGUUGGCAAUUUGAAAUUUUCAGUAUUAUGAAAAAGGUCAAUGAAAUGAUAUGUCAGCUUGUAAUAAAUAUAUUUGAAAGUGAGGAUAUUAUGCAUACAUUGAAAGAAAAGCAGUAUGAUCUAAUGUUUACUGACCCAGCAUGGGGCGCCGGCAUUAUUUUGGCACAUAAACUCCAGCUACCGGUGGUCUAUAAUGUGAGAUGGACCGCAACUGGUGAAGGACACUUUGACAUCGCUCCCUCACCAUUGUCUUACAUUCCCAUAACAGGAUCGGGACAUGCAGACAAAAUGACGUUCUUUCAAAGAGUAAAAAAUGUUUUCUUCUUUUUCUUAAUGGACCUUCCAAACAGGCUUUUGACUGAGCCACAUUACCAAGCACUUUGUGACAAAUAUUUUCAUCCACCUGUAAGUUUUCGAGAACUUCACCAGGGAGCUGAUAUUUGGCUGAUGAGAGUCGAUUUUGUUUUUGAAUUUCCUCGUCCAACCAUGCCAAAUGUCAUCUAUAUUGGCGGUUUCCAGUGCAAACCAGCAAAAGCUCUCCCACAGGACCUGGAGGACUUUAUGCAAACUUCUGGAGAUCAUGGUGUAAUCAUCAUGUCCUUAGGGACAUUUGUUAGUGACCUACCAGAUGAUAUAACUGAAGAAAUAGCUGCUGCUUUUGCUCAGCUUCCUCAGAAGGUGAUUUGGAGACACACUGGUAAGAGACCAUCUACUCUGGGCAAUAACACAUUACUGCUUGACUGGAUGCCACAGAAUGAUCUUCUAGGACAUCCAAAGACUCAAGUUUUUGUAGCUCAUGGAGGAACCAAUGGAGUUCAGGAAGCUUUGUACCACGGUAUUCCAGUGGUUGGAAUUCCACUUUUCUUUGAUCAGUAUGAUAAUCUUCUUCGACUGCAAGAAAGAGGAGGAGCCAAGAUUCUCUCAAUCGCAACUUUAGAUAGGAACACACUGCACACGGCCUUAAAGGAAGUCAUCAAUGAACCAUCCUACAGACUGAGUAUGCAAAAACUUUCUCAUCUUCACAGAGACAAACCAGUUCAACCUUUAGACAGCGCCCUCUUCUGGAUUGAGUUUGUUAUGAGACACAAAGGUGCUGCUCAUCUUCGUACAGAGUCUUACAAACUGCCUUGGUACUCCUAUUACUCAGUAGAUGUUGCAGUUGUAUUGUUUACAGUUGUUUUGAUAUUUACUCUCUCUGUUUUUUGGACCGUUAGAUAUCUGUGUGUCAUGUUGUGCUGGGGCAGAAAAAGGAAAACUGAGUGAUGUUUACAUAUGAAGUGUCAUCUUCACCAGCAUAUUCAUUGUGUAAUUAGAAUAAGUAAUUUUUUGCUGCUUUGUUGAAAAAACUCCCAAGUUUUCAGUUCUAAAUGUACAGUAUGUUUUAUAGUAUAUUGUAGUAAAAUCUUAUGUCAAACUUUUUAGU